UGUGUGUUUGCUUGCAGAUGUCAGCUCUCUACACGUGCUCGAUUAGUGGUGAGCCGGCGGAUGUGCCGGUGGUUUCGCCGGUCUCCGGUCGGAUUUUCGACAAACGACUUAUUGUGAAAUAUAUCAAUGAGCAUGGAACCGAUCCGUUCACGAACGACAAACUUACCGUGGACCAGGUUGUUGAUUUGUCGAGUGCAAUGCCGCGCACAAUCACAUCAACAUCGAUUCCAUCGCUGCUGAAAGUGCUACAGGACGAGUGGGAUGCAUGCAUGCUGAACAGUUUCAUGCUGCGCGAACAGCUGCAAAAUGCCCGUCAGGAACUCUCCCAUACACUUUAUCAGCAUGAUGCAGCUUGCCGUGUGAUUGCUCGUUUAUCGAAGGAUUUGAAUGCUGCACGUGAGGCUCUCUCGACGCUGAAACCACAGGCUGCUGUUGAUGUUCACAAUGUGCAGGAUGAGAUGGAAACUGUCGACGAAGGUACCCCUUUUUGCACUCAUCACGGGCUUGAAUUUUACAUUUUGGCCGUGACUUCAGCAUCCAUUUCAGCAGACAGUUUAAUCAAAGCUUUAUUUACAAGUUGAGG